AUGCCACCCAAGGCAUCCGCUCGUGGGCGGACGCAGCAUCGCGAAGUGGAAAAGGAGAAAGAGGAGCCAUUCCAUCCUGCAGCCGAUGCAGCUACCUUCCGCGAUCUUCUCAUUUUCGAAGAGCGGCUCAAACAGAAUGCGGCUCGACUGCAGUCGCGAAAGCGCAAGUACGAGAUGCUGCUUUUUGGUUUCGUCAGCUUCAUACUGUGCCUGUCGCACCUGGUGGUCCUCUCCCCGCGAUCGUCGGUCUUUCUCCAAUACAGCUUGGCAGCGGUGCUGAUGAUCAGUCUCACCACAUUGUUCCUGUUCUUUGCGAGCGGGAUGCACGCCGAACGCAUCCGAUCGGCCAACAAGUUUGUUCCUCAAGCGAAUCGCAGCUUGCGCAACUUCAACAUGUACCUCAACACCCGCACCACUCGAACCGCAACGCUGUCUGGAGCGUCUUCAAUACCUCCAGCGCAAAACAGCAGAGGCGAACUCAUCUUUAGCAGCAAAGUCAGUCCCGACUUUCGCGAGGGUUACGAGCGAUACCGGGCCGCUUUCGAACGGCGUCGGGCCGAAAAAAUCGCAGCCAAACGCGCACAGUCGUGGAAGCGCUGGUUCGAUCUUGCUUUGGGUAGAUCGGUUGCUGCUGACACGUCUCGCAAGUCGAUCGACUCAAAUCCACGGCAUGGCGCCGAAUCACGGCCAAGGACGGUUCGUAGCAACAAGCCAAGAACGAAUCGCAUCACCCGAGCGUCAGCAAGAGCAGACUCGGCGGGGGAUGCUGCGACUACGGCUGCGGCUGAAUCGCCUUUGCGAGCGAGUCAACAGCUCGAUGACCUCAGCGACACAGUCAGCGAGGGUGCGAGCGGCGGAUUGAGCGAAGGGUUGAGUGAGGAAGGAGGAUCUCUGUCGGGUCAUGAGCCAUCAUAG